GAGGUAGAAUACUUCAGGGGCGGAAGGAGGCAUUUGGAUUGGUUGUGGUGGAGAGUGGGAAAGUGAGUGUUCUAGAGAAAUGUAGGACUGACAGGCGGUAUCAAGGCCCUGGCGAAGUCUGCUGCACCGUGUCCUGUUCUUGGUUUUCAUUCAGUGGGUCCAGCUGCCUUUGCAAUCGUGGAGAGGGCAAGUGAUUGCAUUUGUCCGUGGGCAGAAGGAGGUGCUGAAGGCGUAGGGCAGUGAGAGGGUUCAGCGAGCCAGGGAGUGACUUCUGGUGAGCCUGGUCUCUCAGGUGGAUGUGGAAGGAUGUGAGGGCAGGAGGUGAAGGGGAUAGGAAGAAAGUAGAGGUUAGAAAACCAUGGAUCCAAGAAGUUGCUGAACAAACUGGAGAAAUAGGAGGUUGUGAUCAAAGAAGACAAGGCAUGGAGGACACAAGAAUGAGAGGAAAGGAGGACUUUCUGGAAGUUCAUUUUUCACAUGGUUUAUGGUCAUUGCAUUGCUGGGAGUCUGGACGUCAGUGGCUGUCGUUUGGUUUGAUCUUGUUGAUUAUGAGGAAGUUCUAGCCAAAGCAAAGGACUUCCGUUAUAACUUAUCAGAGGUACUUCAAGGAAAACUAGGAGUCUAUGAUGCUGACGGUGAUGGAGAUUUUGACGUGGAUGAUGCCAAAGUUUUGUUAGGCCUGACCAAAGAUGGCAGUAAUGAAAAUAUUGAUUCUCUUGAGGAAGUCCUUAAUAUUUUAGCAGAGGAAAGUUCAGAUUGGUUUUAUGGUUUCCUCUCAUUUCUCUAUGAUAUAAUGACUCCUUUUGAAAUGCUAGAAGAAGAAGAAGAAGGAAGCGAAACCGCAGAUGGUGUUGAUGGUACGUCACAGAAUGAAGGGGUUCAGGGAAAGACCUGUGUCAUUUUGGAUUUACAUAACCAGUAACUUUGGCUCAGGGACUGAAGUCAUUGGCUUAUGAACACCUGAAGCAAUCUCCUUUUCCUUUUCUUUCCUUUGCUUGUCCAGGGCUUAAUGUGCAGCGGGGCAGUUGUGAUCUUACUGAUAAAAGUCAACCAUGUGAUCUUGCCCAGUGUAGCUACUAGCUAGUCCCUCGCUCGGCUCCCCCGCUUCGAGUGAAAAGAGUGUCACUCCUCAUUCUUGUAGUCUUCUACAAAGUGCAUUGCAAAUUAUGUCCUUGGUGGUAUAAUUGGUUUCUGUAUCAUUUUCUUUCAACUUAUGUAUUCACCUAACUAAAUUUGGAAAUUUAACAGUAGCAAAUUGUGUUGUGGUUAACCUUCGAUGCUUGUCUUUCUAACACACUAUUAAAUUAAGAUGAUUCUAAUAUACUUAAUUGUAAAAACAUUUCUGGCAUGAUAAGUUAACUUCUCUGUUGAUCUUUAACAUGACUGAUGUGUAAAAUGAUAGUUCUUUUAAAAAACUGAUUUUUUUAUUGUGACUUGUUUAGGUAAAUUGACUUCUCACAUGGGUUCAUACAAUUUUCAGUGUAAAAUUCUGUAUUUAUGGUGCUUUUAAAAUAAUUUAAAAAUAGCCCUAUGUUUUUUUGCAUUAGGGUAGUUAAAUUACUGUAUUCAGAUAGUAAUUUGUUUGAAUAUCUGUCCAUGAAAGCAAAAUUUAUUUUUAAUUUUAUUUCCAAAUAUGCUACCAGAGAAAGUAGUUUGUAUUUUUUUAAAAAGCAGGCUAAUUGCACAAGAGGGAAAAUGUGACUGUGUGUUAUCUUAAAUAUUGUUGUACAUAUUAAAAUAUUCAUUCUAAGUAA